AUGUCCUCAACAUGCAGACUGUGUGGAGUUCGCGGACAUUGGAAGGCAGAAUGUCCGCUGAAAAAUCAAGGAAGUGCCAACUCAUCCGAAGCCCAGACUGCCGCUCCGACAUCCACUGUGAUCACGACCACCAGCAGCGGUAGCUUGCCACUCGAGAAUGAAAGAUGCCAGACGCCGACACACGAUGCCCAAAUUAGUGACACCCGAAAGUUUCAAUCCGUGAGUGCCAGAUCCGUCCCGUCCGAUCGUGCCAAGGUCAUUUUGACUAAGGUGAACUGUGACGUAGCUGCAGCUGAAAAAGUGAACAAUGUGGCAACUCACCAAUCAAUACCAACUUUUCCAACAUGUUUUGCAACCCAUGAUGCCUACGGAGUACUCGACCCUGGCGCUUCAAAGACUGUCAUAGGAUCGGAACACGUGAAGGGUUUAAUUCAAAGCCUGGAUGAGGAAACCCGUUCUCAAUUGACCCGGUGUCCCUGUGAAGUCACCUUUAAGUUUGGAAACCAAGGUACUCUGACUAGCAGCCAGGCCAUUGUGGUACCCAUAGGCAAACUCCGACUCAAGAUAGCAAUCGUGAACGGAGGAACACCUUUCCUCAUCAGCAACACUUUCAUGCGUGCCAUUAGGGCCAAGAUUGAUUGCUUUUCGCACAGCCUGUCAAGUCCGAUGCUGAAUCAUGCCAUUCCAUUGGAACUCACCGAAAGAGGAUUGUUUCUACUUAAUUUGAACGAUGUUGUGAAGGCCGCCAUGAAUCAGCAGUCAUGCGGAAGUCCCGACACGAAGCCUGUCGAAGCAACCUUCCUGAGCACUGAAAAAUCCACUGCCGCAGCCGCUGCUGAAACUUUGCCGUCCGACAAGCCAUCAAUCAUAGAUCUCAGCUUGCCAUUACCAGAAUCCGUGAGUGCCGAGGGUUUUCAAGAGGCUACAGGUAUCCAAGUUGCAACAUCCGAAGCCCAUGUUGACCAUGAGAUGAAUGCUGAAUACCGUGCCGUUCAGACCGAAGUGGAAGUGCCGCUGACCGACUUGUCUCAGUUGACCCUCGCAGAGCUGAAGACAGAGGUGGUCUCAUUCGGUCAGAAACAUGCCGAGGAGACAUUCGAGACGGCGUGGGAAGAUCAAAGCUGGAUCAACUUCAUGGUGGCGAAGUAUGGAACCAGCAAGGUUCUCAGCCAUCGUCGCCUGAUCCGGUUCGUGGAGUUGAUGGUGGAGCAACACGAAAGGACCAGCACCCGAGUGCCUGUGCUGCCACCGCCGGAAUCGGUGGCCGGAGGCUACGCCUUGAUCGGCGAGCUUUCUGGACGCAGAUCCAUCCGAGCCAAGGCCAAGGCCAUGAGCACAGUUCCAUCUGGGGUCACAGAACCCAUUCCACUGGACCAGGACGAAGAACAGGAGUUCGAGAUGUUCAACCAGGGGACUACGGCAAGGACUCCUCUCCAUCAGGAUCCGGAUUUCACUGCUCUUCAGGAUCGUAUCCUGAACAUGGAGAACGCUCUGGGCCGCGUGAUCAAGCACCUGGAGGACCAGAUCGAGAAGCAGUAG